AGCCAUUUGGAAGGCAAAGCAAAGCCAAUUAGUCCACCUGACCAAAGCAUGUCGCUUGCGCUGCAGAUGUCAGAAUUCGAGGGCCGGUUACAGAGGGCCGUGCAGCAAGCCAAGCUGGUGUUAUCCUCCCAGAAAUCCCUGCAGCUGCCGAAUGAGACACACCAUGGUUAUGAGGACAAGUUCGCCUUGGUGGAACGUGUGACGCAGCUGACCUUAGCUUCGCAGGUGAACUGCUUCGAAGCCAUCUUGGGCCUCCACAAAGAGAAAUGGAUGGAAGUGAAGCGUUGGGCAGAGCGUGCAGAGGUCUCCCUUCGCUUCACGGCAGAGGAGCGAUGUAGCUUCCUGAGAGAAGAGACUCGAGAGGUCGAAGAUGCCAGCAGAUCGGUGACCGAGUUCUCGGUCGGCUAUGCCAUGGGAUUGACCAGCAAGACGGUCACCAAAGAGACACAGUUCUUUUGGAACUUUGAGGUGACCUACAAGGUGGAGCUCCUUCGAGGGGUGGGAGCCGAAGCAUCAGAUCGACUUUUGUUGCAAAGCCACUCACAGAGCACCGAGCUCAAGAAUAAGACCAAGGUGUCCCCGCGCCCAGCAGCCAAUGUGCCAGCACAUUGUGAAUCAGUACGCAUCACGGAGCUCCUCAAACUUUUGGAGGAGCACGACGGAGGUCUCCGUCCGAUCUUCCAGAUUGACCGGUCUUCGCCGAAGACGAAGACCCCCCGGAGGAAUGCCCAGACGGCGGCGAUCGCCGAGUAUUUGGAGAAUCUGGUGCGGUUCUUCAUGUCAGUCACCAGAUACCUCGAGAGCCUUAGCCGCCGGGAUGCUUUCACGAGCUCUGCGAACCUCUCUGCUGAAACAAUUUUCGUCCCUGCGUUGCCACUCUUUGCGGAUGCGGAAGACGUUGAUCUGCAGGAGGUUCAGGAAUCAGGGCCUCUGUGCCUCUGCAAUGAGACUGAUCGAGAUGGCCCAGUGAUCUCGGUGGCGGAUGGCAACCGACUGCUGAAGGAAGAGAUGCGAACCUGGCUCGCGAAGAAGGAGAGUUUGGCUGAAGAGGUGCAAGACCGCGGCGUCUUCACACCAGGGGCGGCUUUUCUGCUAGUGGGAUUGCUCCAUUGCUUGGAGGUGGUGAAACAGUGGUGUGGAAGCCUGAACUUUGUGGAACAGAUGCUGCAGGAUCAGUUGGUCGCUGCCAUUGGGAAAGAGGUCACAGUGGUGGAUUUUGCCCAUUACAUGCGCUUUCACUAUCGAAAGCUCUUCCGCGAGGCGUUUCAGCCCACGGCCUUCAGCUUUCCGGUCCGCCGGGACCCGCGGCAUUCUCCGGAGGGCACCCUGAGCAUCGAAGAGAAGGGAGGAGCGGGACCCCUCUGCAGCAUCUGCUCGUCGAGAGAGGGGCAGAGCAUGAGCUUCCCGCUGAAUGCAUCCACCAAAGUCUCCUUUACUGGUAAUGUGCACCUUCACGCAUGGCUAGCUCAUGAGUUUGCCGGACAACGCUCGAGCAGCUUGUCCUUGCUGUCUCGGGCGCAGCAGUUCAGUUGCUUCAUGGUGUUGGUGGGUCGAGUGACUUCAGCGACGGAGUUUGAUCCCAAGUAUGCCAUCUUACUGCAGAACAAGGACGAACUGGAGAUUCCUCUGGAUUUGUCGACGAUCCCCACACCGCAGGAGUUCAAGGACGCCAUCGAGUCUCUGUCCCCAGAGCAGCAAGCCUUCGCCAAGGCCUUCCGUGCCAUGCAGUUGGAGAGCACCUUGUUCGGAAUUGUGGUUGUGCAGAUCAAGCCGCAGCUGGAGCAACUUCUCAACUUGCCGGUUGAUAGCCUCACCAAAGAGAUCAAACUGACGCAGGAGAUCUUGCAGCUCUUCGUGAAGUUCCAAAUUCCCAGCGACUUGCUCUCCUUCUCGCCCGACCUGCUACAGCCCCAAGAGGCCGCCACACCGUGCAAGCGGCUGGAAGUCGUUCAGGCGCAGGUGAAAGAAAUGACAUCGAUGAUUGAGGGCGAAAAGGUGCAGGAGCUCCAGGUGCGCAAGGCAGAGGAGGAGUUGAAACAAGCCGAACAGCUGAAGAAGCAGAAGAUCUCGGAGGAGAUGCAGCGUGUCAAGGACCAGGUGACCAACAACAUCAAUGCUAUCCAGCUGCGCGGAGAAAGCUUGGAUUCGCUCAUGCAGAAGUCGCACGACUUAUCCAGCACAUCAAAGCACUUUUACAAGGCCGCCACGGCCUGCUCCACCCGGGGCAUGCGUGGCAGCCGCAGAGCCUUGGGAGGGGGGGGAAUGAGUGGAGGAGCUCCGCGUUCCUUCCGACCCUCCGUCAAGACUGGGUUGGCGCCCGCCGACGCGAGCGCGCGGUUUCUCGGUGGUGCUGACGAUCGACUUGGUCACGGCUCAUUCGAACCUUCCGUCGCGACGAACAUCGCUGGGGCGGCCGAGCGCUUUCGCACGAUGUCCUCGUGUGUGUCGGGUGAGGAGAUGAUCACACGAAUUGAGGAUGGUUCGCAAGUGGAAGCGCCGGUCGAGACCGGCCAACCGGUGCCAGUUGGGCCCGUCGGGGAGUCUGAGAUGGUGUCCAAGAGCUCGCAGCGGGAUUACAGUGGAGUGCCCAAAGAACUGGAUGCCCAGUUCGAGCGCUUCGGCAGCUCCUUGCGACCCACCAUCAUCACGCCCGGCAGCAGCUGGAGCAAACGCUCGCAGCCAGGGGUCCUGGGCGCGCGGAAGGCGGAGACCCUGAAGGCCGAGGAGCAAAAACGCGAGAAGGACAGUGCCUUUGACCUCCUUGAUGCCUUGACACGCUCGGGCGCGCUGCCUCUGAGCCAUGCAGAGAUGCACAUUGUGGUGGCCGCCACACAGAUCUUCGAGAAGACCGUCAUGGAAACUGUGAUUCAGGAGAACACAAACCCCAUCGCUGAAGUGGAACGCUCCAGUCUGGUGAUUGUGUCCACCAUCCAUGAGAGGCCGGCCAGAGCAUUAAUUCAAGACGCCUGUCGCAUGCGGGUAGCUGCUGGCUGCUCGGAGCUCAUGGACGGGUGAUGUGAGGCGUACACGCCUUCCAGGUGGAUUAGUAAUCCCUCGAACCCCCAGAAACAUCCGCGUCUCGAAACGCCUGACUUGAGCCUCAACUACGGUUUUGCCAUGUUUUGAAAUGGGAUGCAACAGGACCUGCGUCCAAGACGCUAUCGCGGGGUGUGCAAGAGCCGAACACCGACAGUUGUACAGUGAUAGGUGUGCAAGGCCGCCAGUGAGGGAA